CAGAGAGCAUUGAUCUGCUGAGUGGACUAAAGAUGGGGGAGCAAGAUGGUUGGCUGGAGGCUAACAGAGGAGACUGGGCAGCCAUCUUGAAUUCCCAGAACCAGACGGGUGCAGCUAAGGGCCCAGGGGAUAUCAUCACUGAGCAGGCCAGGACCAGAGGCGACAUAGUGGAGUCUGGAGUCCAUGAAGACCUGCUAAUAUCUGGUGUUGCUGGCAGGAGAGACUGGGCCUCUGAGGUGGCUGGUCACAAGCCCUGGCUCUUGAUCAGGACCCUGAAUCAGGAGCCGUCGCUCUUCCUUCCCGAGUCGGAACGGGGACGGAAUCGCGAGGGACCGAGACUCCACCAACACACAGAACACAKCCAGUGGACAGGUGGACUGAACAACAGUCCUGGUGGUCAUCAGAGAGACAGAGGCUCCAGUCAGGGAUCCAGUCCGCAGRCCAGACCCUUCUCUUCACAGUCUCAGUGCAGGGAUGAAGUAGGGCCUGGGGCUGAUAGAGAUAGACCCUCCUGUUCCUAUGAUACAAACACCACAGUAUCCAUGAUGAACAGAGCAGGUCACCCUGGGCUGCAGCCUUCACAGAGAGUGGUGGGAGAUCCCCCUGGUGAUAGUCUAGCAGCAAGUCUGUCUUCACCUUCAGGGUCUUGUCUAAUGCCUGGUGACUGGGUUCAUAGCAGUCCUGGGUCUGGACCUGUGUCUAGCCUUCCUCAGCUACCUCAUAGUUACCCCACCAAUACAGACAGGGUCAGGAUGGGUGUUCACCACAAGAGGUAUCUAGCCUAUAACACAGCACACAAUCCCAACAACACCCAAACAAUGGCUAGAGGUCAAGGAGGAAGCUCAAAGACUCCUGCUUCUACCUCCUCUGGUGUCAUUGGGUCACAACGUGGGAUGCCAAGCAUUAGCACAGACGAAGACAAGCCAUACUCCUGCCCCACGUGUGGGAAGUGCUUUGCAAAGGCGACCUACGUGAAGAAGCACCAGACCAUUCACAUCAAGGAGAGGCCCUUCAAGUGUAAGCUGUGUUACAAGAGCUUCUCAUUCCUGAGUUACCUUAUCAGACAUAGGAGUGUCCACAACAGGGAGCAAUCAUAGCAUUGGGUCUUAAGAUGUACACAGGAGAUAUCUGGAAACUAUUAUUUAGCUGAAAUAUUAUAGUUAUCAUGUGAAAUGUCCUGGAGUUUUGGGGGGGAUUACCAAGUCCCUCAGUUGAGCAUCUGGGUAAACUCACAUUCUCACAUGAUAGACUUGUUUGGUGUGCUUGCAUAGCCAAAACACUGUCAUGUUACUGAAGAGUAACACUAUAUUCCCCCUCUGAAUUUGGUUUUGCCUAUGUUCUAUUCAUAAUAAAUAUGUCCCUCUUUUUUAUAACACCUUUAUCCCCCCCCCCACACACACACACACACACACUCAGGUUGUACCUGUUCCUUUAUGUACUAAAAAUAGGUGAUCAAAAUACACCCUCUUUUUAUAACACCUUUAUAACAAGCCAGGUCUGCUGAGAUGACAUGACCCCGAGGUCAUGCUUUCAUUGGGGAAGAGGUCCAAAAACAACCCUUUACUGUGUCCCUUUCCCCUAUUGCCCUCCCAUGGCACUGGGUAGUAGGUAUGAGUUCUCCUUAAUCAGAUAUUUUUCAUCCUCCCCUCUAUCAUCUUCCAUAUCUGUUAUGUGUAUUAUUGUUAUGCAUCUCCCAUGGUUGUAGCAAACAUUGCCACUCAAUAAUUGACUUCCCCAGCCACACAAGUCAUUGCCUGACGAAUCAAACUGAAUUAUUCCGCUGCUCUAUCAUUCGCUACGUACUUCAGUCUGAGACGGCCAUCAUUGAAGUCGUUUGUGGUGACAUCAAAGUGAGGGGUGUUUUACAAAACAAAGUCAUCGGCGAUUGGAUCAUUUCUAACCAAUCGGUAUCAAAGCCAAUGACGAAUUUUCAAAACGUAGCUUUACCCAAUGUGUGUUCUGGCUCUGUCCUGACCCAUCGGUUUCUGCGACCAAUCAGAAUGGUUAGAAUAUGUUUGCGUUUUAGAAAUCGUCAGGGAGGUACUCUGAUAGUGUUUGGCCGGAGCAAGAAGUUUGAGUAGCCAAGCAAAGCAAGGCACACUGUAUUUAUACUGCCGUAUGUCACCAUGUCAAUGGCCUGAAGGCUUAAUAAGGUCUUGUGAUGACUGGGGUAAAAUAUUAAACAUGAACGAAUGUGCA